AUCCAUUGAAGGCGGCUCAAUCUGGGAAAGUUGCCUGCUCUGACACCUUGACGUUUGGCACAUUGCAAGUUUGAAGCCAAUUUACCACCACCGACCUAUUAACCUGCCCGGAAUGCGCUCCUUGUGGUUGCUACUUGUACUGGCUUUCGUUGGCUGCGGCCCAGGUGCUUCAGCCCUGCGUUGCUACAAAUGUGAAGACUGCGAUGAAAACACGCAGCUAAGUGACAUGGAAGUGUGUGAGGGUCCACUUUUGAGCGGUAAUGGACAAGGCACACCUGCCAGCUCCAACUCCAGUCCGAGUCCAAGUCCGGCUCCUUCUCCAUCACCUGCUGCAUCGAACAAUACAAAUAAUGCUUCUGGCUCCUCCUCCGAUGCCAGCGAAGAGGAAGAGGACUAUGAAAGCGAGGAGUCCACAACCAUAGGUAUCCUGCCGGCAGGAAAUAACCUACCCAUCCAACCCGGUUCCGGAACCGGUGGCAUAGCUGCUGCAGGCGGACAACCAGCUGGAGGGGCAGCUGGGGGAGAAACUGGAGAAGUUGUGAGCGAAGAGGAGGAAGAGGACGAGGAGGAGGAGGAGGAGGAGCGACGCAAGCGGAGAUCGAGUGCACGACAGGUCGAUCCCGAUGUGCCAAUCGCCUUCUGCUACACAGUGAGGCUCCAACUUAACGACUCGACGAUCACCAAGAGGGGCUGCACCACCGCCAGGAAGAGCAAUCAGACGGGUGGCUGCGACGGUCUCUUCGAGAACUGGACGGUGGCCGGAUGCCAGUUGUGCCAGGACGACGGAUGCAACCAGCCCAUCGCCAUUGGAUCAGCCAGUAGAAUCGCUGGACGGUUCUGGCCUCUUGUGGCACUCACGCUAAUGGCAUUUACGAUCCGCCAUCCGAUAUAGUAGA